AUGUAAUAAAAUUAAUGCGUAUAGACUUCUUCAUUUGAGUUAGCUUUUUAGUUAUAGGAUCUAAUUUAUAGAGAAACAAAGAUAAAAUCUUCAUCACUGUAAUACAAUUUUUUUUCGACAUCAACAAAAGCUAUUACUAAUACAAACUCAAUAAAAUAAUUAAAUUCAUAUAGAAGUGUUGGUGAAAUAAAUACUAAUAUUUAAUGUCUUGCUCCUAAUAAAAUUUUAGGAAAACCUGUUGAAGGUAGAACUUUAUUAACUAAUCUAAUGUUUCCAAAUCAAAUAAAAAUGAAAGUUUCAAUCAUUGAAUAAAAUAAAGAGAAAAGAGAUUAAUAGAUAUCAAAAAAUAUUCAUACUGCAAGAAGACUUAGUUAAUAUAAUUAAAAUGAAACAAAACCAAUUAGUUAAUUGUAAUUGAUCAAAAAAUUCAAUUUAUAAUUGCAAAAGUGCAAUUAUUAUGUGAAUAAUGAAAAAUCAGUAAAAUAAAAAACAUUUAGAAAAAGAUAUGUAUCUGUAUUAGAUGAUGUUCUACCUAUAAGUACUCGAAAUCUUUUUGUAAAUGGAACUUAGAGUUAAUUUUCAAGUAGAGAGAAAACACCAAAUAAAAAAUGA